AUGCAAUUAGUUCUAACUUACUCUGUGCUUCAGGAGGUCAUACAGACUCCUGAACUCAGCGUGGCUAGCUCAGCCGUCCCCUCUCCUCGUCGCAAGAGGGCUAGGGCCGCCAGCUCGGCCAAGGACCAGGAUGAGAAGCCCAUGGACAACGAAAAGCCGGGCAAUGUUGCCGGCAAUGUUGCUGAGGGUGUAGGAGCUCCUUUCCCUCUGAAAGCCAAGGGCCCCGGUCUGACCAUCCUGCCUCACUAUGACCCGAACGCUAAGUGCACCGUGGUCAUCAAGUCGUCCAACACCAUGACCCACGCAGACGUCGCGGCCGUUGUUCGAGGUGGUAUCGUGGUACAGAUCUUCAUUCGCCCAGGGACCAACUCUGCACAAGUCACCUUCCUCGAUUCGGAACAAGCCAACGCGUUCCUGAAAUACGCUCAAUCCAUCCCGUUCCAUGUUGCUGGUUGUCUGGUUACUGUCAGAUGGUCGAAUAGCUCCUGGGUUGCGCCGGUGUACGUGCGCCGUCAAGCUUUCGAGGGUGCUACCCGCAACCUCUUCAUAAACAACGUUCAGUCCCACAUCACUGAGGCUGUCAUUCGGGAGAACCUCCUCCACAUUGAGGGCUUGGCUGUGCUCCACGUGCUUUUCUCAGGAGGCACUGCCUACGUCAGCACGAACUCCAUCAAGUACGCCCUCGUCGCUCGAACCUGUCUGACCUCUCGAGCUAUGUACAAGCAUAUGAAGAUCGGGUUCUACGAUGAUGAGUGUGCUGCUCCUCUGCCUAUCAGAGUGCAGGCCCAGCUGCCCCAGCCUCAGGCCCAGCGAAUGUCUUAUUUCCAGAACCGUUACGAGGUUCUGGCGCAGCAGAAGCUGUGA